AUGCAGCAGGAUGGGAUCAGCAGCAUGAAUCAGCUGGGGGGACUUUUUGUGAACGGUCGGCCGCUGCCUCUGGACACCCGGCAGCAGAUCGUGCAGCUAGCAGUCAGCGGCGUGCGGCCCUGCGACAUUUCACGGAGCCUUAAGGUAUCAAAUGGCUGUGUGAGCAAGAUUCUAGGGCGUUACUACCGCACGGGUAUCUUGGAACCCAAGGGUAUUGGGGGAAGCAAGCCACGUCUGGCCACACCCCCUGUGGUGGCUCGAAUUGCCCAGCUUAAAGACCAGUAUCCAGCUCUUUUUGCCUGGGAGAUCCAACGCCAGCUUUGUGCUGAAGGGCUUUGCACGCAGGACAAGACUCCCAGUGUCUCCUCCAUUAAUCGAGUCCUGAGGGUGCUACAGGAAAACCAAAGACUGCACUGGUCACAGCUCAGGUCACCAGCUGUCUUGGCUCCAACUCUUUCCAUUCCACAUAGUGGCUCAGAGGAUCCCCAGGGUCCCACCCCAGGGACCAGCCACCGAAAUCGGACUAUCUUCUCCCCAGGCCAAGCAGAGGCAUUGGAGAAAGAGUUCCAGCGUGGGCAGUAUCCUGAUUCAGUGGCCCGUGGAAAACUGGCUGCUGCCACAUCUCUGCCUGUGGACACGGUGAGGGUCUGGUUUUCUAACAGAAGAGCCAAAUGGCGCAGGCAAGAGAAGCUGAAGUGGGAAAUGCAGUUGCCAGGUGCUUCUCAGGAUCUGACUGUACCAAGGGUAUCCCCAGGGAUCAUCUCUGCACAGCAGUCGCCUGGCAGUGUGCCCACAGUAGCUCUGCCAACCCUGGAAUCUUUGGGUCCCUCCUGGUCUCAGUUGUGCUUGCAGACAGCAUCAAACAGGUGUCUGAGUGACACUCCACUUCAAGCCUGUCUCCAGCCCUGCUGGGAUUGCCAUGCCUUCCUCCUUCCCGUGGCUCCCCACUCCUGUGUGGACCUUGCCUGGCCCUGCCUCGCUGCCCCUCCUGCACAUAAUGUGAUUGGAGGGGCUGGAGAGGCAGCACCCACCCACUACUCACACUGGCUUUAA